AUGUCAACUGAAGGCGUUUCACAGCGUGAAUUUGUUAACAAAUUCCUGACAUUGGCAACUUUGAAUGAACCAAUUAUUUCUUCCAGCUACCAAAAACCAUUGCAGGAUGUUACUACGUUGGGAGUUGCUUUACCGGCCCUCAAAUAUAAAUACAAUCCAAAGAGAACAAGAACAACACAGCAAGCUGGUGCAGAGCAAUUAGAGACGAGUACACCUGUUAGUCUAACAUUGAAGAGUAUCAAAGCUCCAAGAUUCGCCAUAGAAAAGGAGUUUGUUGCCACUGAUACAAUCUUGAAAGUGAAAAACUUCUUAGUUCAAGAAGCUAAAGCAAACAAUGCAAGUGAAGUCAAAUUACUUUUAAAAGGGAAAGUUUUACAUGACAGUUCAAUUUUACUCGAUCUAAAAACUGAAAAGGCAGUGAUUACCGUAAUGAUUUCGGCUGGAACAUCUGCUGCUAAAAAAGAUUCUGUACCUGUGGCUGAAGCUCCUGCUGACCCAGAGACUCCAAUUAGCGAAGUAAGUGCAGUUCUAACACACUUGCCAUGGCAUGAAAUCGAGGCUCUAUUGACCAAUACAUAUAAAGACAAGGACACUAGUGAAAUUAGGGCAUUAGUGGAGAGAUUGAAGAAAGGUUGGGAGAUGACAAAAUAG